GUGAUUCUAGCUGACGGAGAGAUAUUAGAAAUGCCAACGGAGACCGAUCGUAUUCAUUGGACAUAGCAUGGGCGGUCUAGUAGUCGCAAAGGCGAUCACAAUUGCAGAUUCUCGUCGCGAUCUAUUUCCCAUCAUGUUUGAGGCAAUCACCGCGUGCAUUUUCUUUGGCACUCCAUUCAGCGGCGCUCCUGUUGCGGCUGUGGCAGCAAUGUACGCCCAUUUUGCAGAAAAGGUGGACGUAGCAUUUUCAUCAAAAUUAUUAGAGCUCAUGAAGCCAGGCGAUGAGGAACUACGACAACUCAAGCAUGAUUUUAUGCGUCUAGUGGGGAAAAUCAAUCCGAAAAUCGACUUGUUCUGUUUCUGGGAAGAGCAUCCAACUGACUUUUCUCAAAUGGCUGGCCUUCCAAGCCUUUUUGGGCUUACCAAGAAUCUUAUACCAAAGCAAUAUGCCGAAUUCGUCAACCGGGACUCUGCAACACUCCCUGGAGUUGAAGAGCUUGGUUUGGCCUGCAAUCACCGCGAUUUGGUAAAGUUUGAUGGCCCAAAAGACGAUCGAUGGACACAAAUGGUGCGGGAUCCAGUGAAAAAGAUCAUCCACGGAGCUCAGCUAUCCGUUAGGAAUCGCUUAAACUCGGUGAGAGACAUUGACCGCGCCAUGAUUAGCGGUAUAAUGGAAGCACUAGACGGCGCCCAAGUUCAAAAGAAGAGAAAAACAUUAUCACAAUCCUUCACACCUUCGUCGUGGAUACCUCAAGAAGCUGAAUACUUAGAGUGGCUGCGAUACACAGGAGAUGGUGACAAAGAGAAGCCUCCUCAGACGGUGGACUGUUUAUAUGUCCGUGGUCGCGAAGGCCGAGGCAAAACCAACGCCGCUAUGGCUGCCCUGCAAGGCAUUGAGAAGCUAAUACGCGAGAAUGAAGAGAACGAUACCGGACAGGGCCCAAUUCUCCUUGUGUAUUUCUUCUGUGAUACGACAACAGACUAUUCUACCGCUGAGGACGUCUUGAAGUCUGUGAUAAGGCAGCUCAUCAACCAACAAGAGACGCUCGCACCAUACGCGAAGAUAUUCACCAAGAAAAAGGGAAAAGAUGAUGCGAGUCGGUCACAGCAAGCCCAAAUAACUGUUGAAAACAUGUGGCAAUCAAUUCAAGAUAUGCUCGCUGAUGAAUUCAUCGGCAGCAGGGUCUAUUUCGUGCUCAACAACCUUCAUGCUUUGCCCGCCGAAUCAGAUUCAACCAUCAAAUUGAUGAAGUUUAUCGCAGGGGAGCUGGAAGCUCUAAGCUCUGUGGGCUCCAGACGUGUCCCGACUCGGUGGUUCAUCACCAGUCGAGAGUCCCAUAACGUUGACGCAGCCCUCAAGGUCGACGGCGUCCGCGUGAUUGACUUGGAAGACAGCAGAUACGAGAAUCAAGUUCAAUUGGAGCUGCGAAAACAUGCCAAGAAAAUGAUUUCGGCAAUUGGAGAACAAAAGCAAUACAACAAAGCUCUCGCAUACUUCGCCAGCAGUCUGGUAGGCAAGCGCGCCCAAAAUACCCAGUGGAUCGACAUCACAUGUAUCCAACUAGGAGAGCUUUCCAACACUGAAAGCGACCUGAGAGUUCGAAAGAUUCUCGAGAACAUGCCUCAAGAUUUAAAGACACUACUGGACCAUUCCUGGCGUCAAAUAUUUGAGCUAAAUGAGGCCCACGUCGAAAAAGUCAAGGAAAUUCUGCGUGCCCUGGUGUUGACCUAUGAAGAUCCUACCGAAUCAGAGCUUAGUCUGCUCGCAGGGCUAACCUCUACAGAUCAGGAAAAGGGCGAGCUGCGCAAAUUGAUUGAGCAAUGCAAACCGCUUCUAUAUCUAAAGCGAACGAGUAAAGCUGACUCUGUUGUUUGUUUUGUUAACAUAAUUGUAAAGACGCACUUGUCAGAGAAUGCCAAGGAACUACUCGGAUUGUCUAAGGAGGAAAUCAAGUGGCAACACGGUGUGAUAGCUCUACGAUGCUUCACUCAUAUUAAGGACACUCUGGAUUUCCCCAUGCCGGAUCCGGCCCCUAAGGAAUCAGCGGCCGAAAUCUCCGACAAAGAUGACCAGCAUAACCCUGACCAAGACGAAGCUCAAUCCGAACAUGCCAGUGCCGCCGAGCAAGUGGAUGAUGAGGAGGAGGAGGACGAUGACGACGAAGAUGACGAAGAUGACGAAGACGAAUACUCGGACAGCGAAGAAAUGUAUGAAGAUGAGGACGAAGAAGACGAAGAAGAGGACGAUCCUGAAGUAGAAAUGGUCAAAGACAAAGCCUUGGCUUAUACUGUUAAGCAUUGGCUACACCAUGCCAGCAACGCGACUCUGGAGAUUGCCGAAGAUUUAAGUUUCGAAGAUGACUUUUGGAAACCAGACUCUACGAUUCGGCGUCGUUGGAUGAUCGAGUACGCGCGCAUGACGACCACAUUUGAUAACUUCGACUAUAAGACGCUCAAUGGAUUACAUGUUGCGGCGGCAAUUGGCUUCCGACAACUAGUUGCAGCUCUUAUACGCAAUGGCCAUGAAGCCGAGAUCAAAGAGCGAGACUCAUUAGUCAAUACUCCGGUAAGCCCCAUGAGGAUGUUUAUUAAAUGAUAUCUUAAAGACUAACACAUCGGAAGCUGCAUUUCGCUGCUUUUCUAGGCCGACCCAAUAUUGUAGAGGAACUGCUUAACCGCGGUGCAGUAAUCGACGAUGCUGCAGAGAUUCACGAACAAACCCCACUGCAUAUGGCUUCAUUCGGCGGACACAUCCAAGUCAUGAAGAAGCUGCUCUUAAGAGGCGCCGAUCCGAACGCUGUUGCAAAUGAUAUUGGGCCAGUUGUCAACGCAGCCAUUUCCUCUGGGA